AUGGGAGCGAAGGCUCCGAGAGGACAUAAGGUUUCUCAGUGGGCCAUGGAAACGGCAGUGAUUGGGGUGGUGGUGGUGCUGUUCGUGGUGACUGUGGCCAUCACCUGCGUCCUCUGCUGCUUCAGCUGUGACUCGAGGGCCCAGGAUCCUCAGGGGGGCCCUGGCCGCAGCUUCACGGUGGCCACGUUUCGCCAGGAAGCUUCUCUCUUCACGGGGCCUGUUCGCCAUGCCCAGCCAGUGCCAAGUGCCCAGGACUUCUGGACCUUCAUGUGAUGCCUGAGUCCCCAGGAUUUGCUGUGCUGAUGGGUCAGACUCACCCGCCCCUCAGCAAGCCUUCCCUGGCCUUCCCCUCCUCCCAGGGCCUUCUCCCUGUCCUUCCCCUCCAGUAACCUGUGAACUUCCCGUCUCCUCCCAUUCCAGCCUUCUGUGCCCUCCAGCCUUGGGGAUCCUUGUUAUUAGGACAGCCCAGCUGGGGUUGAUCCACAGGAUGGGGCUUAGGAGGGCUCUGAGGAGUGAGUGAACAGACACAGCGCCGGAAUGCACGGUGGGCCGGCUCUGCUGAUCUACACCACGAACUGAAAUAUCACUGGAAUUUAUUGUAAACGGUGUGCCUAUAAUGCUGGUUCUGUUGCCACCUGGGCACGCAGCACCCUCAAGUGGACAUUUCUAGAAACCACUUCUUACUUGCUCUCCUGAUUGAUUACCUUUGCAAAUUGCACAGAACCCAACCUCGGGUCCUGCUCCCCGCCAGUUGCCUGAAAUCAGCCCUGAAAUUCUGAAACCAAAGAGCUGCUUCCUGAGAACAAGUUAUUUACUUUAGAAUUGAAAAUGUAUAUCCUUUUAUGGGCCUUUCCGAAUCUGAUUUGAAAAACCACAAAAGGAAACAGAAGAGAAAAUAAGAGCCACAGAAGGUACAAUAUGUUUUAUUAACAGGAAGGCCAGAAAUAAGAUAUUUUAAACAUAUUUUUAAUGAGACUUUAUCGCUAUAUUCCAACAGGUCACUUCUAUUCUUAGAGAAUGUGAAUGACUUGUGUCACUUCGGAGUGACAGAAAAAUCAGGAACUGAAAGAUAAUUCCAGACAAGUUAAAAUGUUAUGUUACAUUCAAAGCUCUUGUUUUCAUCACAGAUAAGGGGAUAUUCAGUUUUUAUUAACAGAAACCCCAUUCUCCCAUGGCCAUGGAAUAAAUGCCAUGCUAUAUUUAAGGA